ACACUAUCGGUGUUUCGUAAAGCGUAGCAAUGGGAUUCUCAAGGGUUCUGCCGCUGAUAAUCGGAGCGCUUUCUCUAUUUUCGAAUAUCGCCGAGCGCGUCGACGACGUCGACGAUGGCUCGAGCGGCGACCUGGAGAUCGGUACUAACGACAGCGAUGUCACGACCUUCCUGAACUUUAGCCAAAAGACGAACGGGGAUCGGCGUUACUGGUACGAGAACGUGGACGACGCCGACAGGAUGCCGAAGAGUAAGGGAGACAUCCAGUCCCGCCUUUUGAAGAUGAACAUAGACCAAUUGCGAAAUAAGACCGAUCAGGUGGAACUGGUGUUCCUGGUGGACGCGUCCGGCUCGGUCGGCGCGGACAACUUCCGCAGCGAGCUGAGUUUCGUGACGAAGCUCCUGUCGGACUUUACGGUGGACACGAUGGCCGCGCGGAUCGCCCUGAUCACCUUCGGCGGUCGGGGCAACGUGUACCGCAACGUCGAUCAGAUCUCCAGGCACGGGCCCAACGAUCACAAGUGUUACUUGUUGAACAAACAGUUCCGCAAUAUCACCUACAGCGGCGGGGGGACUUACACGCGCGGCGCGCUUCUCGAGGCGUUAGCGAUCCUAGAGAAGAGUCGCGAAGCGGCGAGCAAGGUGGUGUUUCUGAUAACCGACGGCUUCAGCAACGGCGGUGACCCACGCCCCGCGGCCCACCUGCUAAAGAACACGGGCGCGAUCGUGUUCGCGUUCGGCAUACGCACGGGAAACGUGGAGGAGCUGCACGACAUCGCCAGCCCUCCCUGGUACGCGCACAGCUACUUCCUCGACAGCUUCGCGGAGUUCGAGGCUUUGGCGCGACGUGCCCUGCAUCGCGACUUGAGGACUGGUCAGUACGUGGCCGUGACCCGGCCGAACGAUUGCAACAGCCUCUGCUCGGACAGCGAACUUGCCGCUUCGGCGAACCGAACUUGCUGCGACGAACUAGCGACCUGCACCUGCGGCACUGCGACUGGCCACUACGCCUGCAUCUGUCCGUCCGGUUAUUUCGGUUCCGGUCUCAGAGGCUUUUGCCAACCUUGUCCGAACGGAACCUAUGCUUCGGGGAACACCUCCGGGGAUUCCACCGCCGCAUGCGUAGCCUGUCCAGACGCUAAUCAUGUCACCGUCAAAGUUCCCUCGACCUCGGUGGCCGAUUGCAUAUGCGCCUUUGGAUUCACCACGGACGGUUACAAAUGCGAGGCUAUAACGUGCCCGAAACUGAGAAUCCCCGAAAACGGGUACCUGGUGAAGGCGAGCGCCUGCAGCAACGUGGUGCACGCGGCGUGCGGCGUAAGAUGCAGGAUCGGUUUCCACCUCACGGGAGACAGCAUUCGGCUUUGCGGCAAGGACGGUGCUUGGUCCGGCAACGAGCCGCAGUGCUUGCUGAAGACGUGUCCGGCUUUACGCGCGCCCGCGCACGGUCGCGUGAAAUGCGAGCACGACGAGGACUAUCAGCACCAGUUCGAGGAGAACUCCACCGUGUAUCCGAUCGACACCCGCUGCCAGUUCCGGUGCGACGUCGGCUAUCAGCUUCGCGGCAGCAAAGUGCGCAAUUGCCUACCAUUGUCCCGUUGGGACGGCCUGAAAGUCACGUGUAAAGCUGUGAAGUGCGAACCUCUGCCACAAAUCGCGAACGGCGAUAUCAUCCCGGAGAUUUGCACCGGCCCGGCGAAGGUGCCUUUCGCCACCAACUGCACGUUCACAUGCAACGAAGGUUUUGUCCUAGAAGGACCCACUGAUAAAUCGUGCACUGGACGUACGGGGAUUUGGUCGCAGCGUCACAGCAUCAAUCAAUGCGUGGACAAGACCCCACCUUCCAUGGAGUGUCCGGCCGAGAUCGUGGAGGAGACUACGAAGGGACAGAACUAUGCAUAUGUGAAUUGGACGGUACCCGAGGUGACCGACAACGCGGACGCAUCGCCUAGCCUGUGGACGAAACCGUACGUUGUCUUGCCCUGGAAGGCGAAGAUCGGCACGCGUGUUAUCGUGUACGUGGCGCGGGACGCGAGCGGCAACAAAUCCAGAUGUAAAUUCAAAGUUAAAGUCCUCGACAGAGAACCACCAACGAUCGAGAACUGCGUCGAUCCGCCAACGUUCUAUAGCGAUUUCGAAAACGGUCUCGCAAAUGUAACGUGGGACGAACCAGUCUUCUAUGACAAUUCGAGAAUUUCCGUGCGCGUAAAUCAGAGCCAUCAACCUGGCAAGAAUCUCUUUCCAAUUGGCCUGACGAAGGUCUUCUACCACGCGGCCGACAAGUAUGGAAAUCAGGCAAUUUGCGUGUUGAACAUUACCGUAGAAGAUGCGUGUAAGAAUCUGAAAGCACCCAUGAAUGGUCAACUAAACUGUUCUUUGUCAGACGAUCAGGAAACGCGAUGCGUUGUAACUUGCAAGGACGGUUACGACUUUGCGAUCGAGCCAGCGAACUUCGAUAUCGUUAACGACGAGCUGCUAUUGAAAUGUAACUCGAGCAAUCACACGUGGGAAAGUAAUCAUCUGCCAGAAUGUUCAGAAACUCAAACAUCGAAGGCAAUAUCUCAGGAAGGGAACGUGAUAUUGGAAAGCAACGAAAGUGCGAUAUGCGACAAUCAAACUGCUCUUCGUCAAUUGAGCGAGCACGUUGCUAAUGACUUGAAAUGGAAAUUACUGGAAAUAUGCGACAAUGACAUCGAAUGUAAUCUAAUCACCUCCGAUCCUAAAUGUGAAGAUGAUGAGCUUUCAUCGUCGAAGAAUUUCCUGGAAGAGGAUAACUUGAUAAGAAGACGAAGGUUCGAACUCGGGUACAAGCAAGUUCAGUCCACCGUUAUCUUCAAAAAUACCGAAACGAUAAUGCUUGAAAGAUUGAAACGUACAGUUAGCUCGAGCCCCGAUCGAAAUAAAAAUAACGCUAGGUCUAAACGGAAAAGAGAUAGGAUAGAGAUCAAGUUCAAGUUCAUAGGUAAGAUUAUUGAAGAAAACUUCGAGAAUCCCAAGCGGGGAGUGCAGAAGCUCAGAGAGAAGAUUGGCGCAAUGGCGCAGGUCGGAAAACUGGACUUGCUUGAUAACAGAACCAACCAAGAGAUCGCGAGGCUCGCUCUGAAUCUGCAUCUCGUGUUCAAGGAACCGGAGGAUCUUUGCGAUCCCGGAAGUGUGCUGAAGAGACACGGUUGCGUUAAAUGUCUCGCGGGCACUUUUUACAAUUCGUCCACCAGGGCCUGCCAGCCCUGUCCGUUCGGCCAGUACCAAAACGCGACCGCUUCGUUGGCGUGUGUGCCUUGUCCGAAAUACACCUCCACGAAGAGGAUGCACACGAAAUCCUUGAAAAAUUGCAUUCCCGUCUGCCAACCAGGAUAUUAUUUUCGGCGCAAACGCUACCACGAGUCGCGUCUGGGUACGGAACCUUGUUUCCCAUGUGACAUCGGCUUCUAUCAAUCGGACUAUGGACAGAAUGAAUGCCUGCCGUGUUCGUCGAACACGACGACGGAAAAACGCGGCUCCACCCACGUCGAUGACUGCUUACCGAUCCGCGACGAGGAAAUAGAUUGUCGGAUGGAUCCAUGCUUAAACGGCGGUCAGUGUCUACGAGACGAAAGCGGCUUCGUUUGCGAGUGUCGCGAAUAUUUUGUAGGAUCGAAAUGCGAAGAGUUCAAGGAUCCGUGCGACUCUUCGCCGUGCUUGAACGAGGGAGUGUGCGAGACGCGACGGUAUAUCGAUAACUUCGUGACGUACGAGUGCAAGUGCAAGAGCAGUUAUUGGGGUGUUAAUUGCCAAGUCUACGUGGAUGAGUGCUACGUCAAUCCUUGCCAGAACGGUGGAAGAUGCGUGAGCACCGAGAACGAUUUCUCCUGCGAGUGUCAGGACGGAUUUGAAGGUCAAUUCUGCGAGAUUCCGAUCGACUACUGCGAGGAGCUUAAGCCCUGCGAGGAGGGAUCCGCGUGCCGUACCGUGAACGGUACCUGGCAAUGUCUCUGCAAACCCGGUUUCCUGGGCCGACACUGCAAUCUGUUACCCUGCGACUGGCUACCGUGCCACGCGAACGCGAUCUGCGUCAACGUCGAGGAGGAGGACGCGACGCGGAUGAGUUACAGGUGCGAAUGCCCCGACGGAUACACGGGGGAGGACUGCGCGACCAAGAUUGAUCGCUGCAAGAGCUCGCCCUGUCUGAACAACGGACGCUGCGUCAGUCGCGUGCACGAUCACCUCUGCGAAUGCCCGGUUCCCUUCACAGGACGCGACUGUGAAACCGAAUUGUCGUCCGACUACGUGAUGCACUUCACUAAAUCCGGCACGACGGAUUACGUGGCCGCCAAGGGACCCGCGAGGGAUCUCCUCCAGCUGUCCGUCUGCCUGUGGUUGCAAUCGAUGGACACCUUCAAUUACGGUACGGUAUUCUCGUACGCGACGACGUUUCACGACAACGCCUUUACGUUGACGGAUUACAACGGAUUGGUCUUGUACGUUAACGGAGAGAAGAUCGUCACCGACGUUAAGGUCAACGACGGUAACUGGCACUUCCUGUGCGUCACUUGGGCCAGCGAGCGCGGCACCUGGCGCGUGUUCGUCGACGGAAUCCUCAAAGACAGCGGCGUCGGUCUGGCCCAGAGAACCGUCGUGCGAGCCAACGGAUCCUUCGUCAUUGGGCAGGAGCAGGAUCGCCUGGGCGGUGGCUUCUCCGAAUCGGAGGCGUUCCUGGGGAGACUCGGCUUGCUGGACAUGUGGGACGUCGUUCUGAACGAGAGCGACGUUACGAAACUGUGGAACAGCUGCGACAAGUAUCACGGCAACCUCGUGGCCUGGGCGCAGCUGCAGCAGUACGUCCACGGCGACGUCGUGAUCUUAGCCAGCCCAUUUUGUCACGGCUGCCCUUUGCCCGUGGUGCCUUCCAAAGGUAACAUUAAAGUGAGCGAGGAUCUCUCCGAGGUAACGUACUACUGCGACAACGGUUACAUAAUUCGAUUUGGUGGUGAAGAACACCGGUCCCUCAAAAGGAAGUGUCUUAAGUACGGUCAGUGGGAGGGACACGAUACGCCGAGCUGCACAAAAAUAAAAUGCGGUUUCCCGGGACACAUUCCCCGCGGACGUAUUCACGGGGAAUCGUAUUAUUUUGAGGACGAGAUACACUAUUCCUGCGACGAGGGCUACGAGCUCCACGGAAACCCUCAUCGCAUCUGCAAUUCCGACGGCAAUUGGCUCGGAUUGGCUCCGAUCUGCAUAGGGAUCACGUGCAAGAAUCUGCUCGCCCCGGAAAACGGAGAUAUAGAAUAUAUACUAGAGGAGAACGAGAGAGACGACGUCACGAUAUUGCAGGCUGGUCAGCAGCUGGAGUUCAAGUGCAAUCCCGGAUAUCGUUUAACAGGUGAAAGGUACUUGACCUGUCUGGAGAUUGGCGUGUGGGAUCACAAGAUGCCGUCUUGCAUUCCCUACGGAUGUCCUCCGCCAAGACAAAUCGAGCACGGCUAUAUCGUCUAUUCGAGUUCCGGCAUGUCCGACCGAACAACUUCCGUUCGCGAUUCUGAUGGAAGCACGAUCGACGACUCCUCCGAGAGAACGUAUCGCUUCGACGAUAUCGUCGGAUUCAUCUGUCAUCGCGGCUACAAAUUUCGCGGGAAUCACAAUCUGCUGACGGAAUUCAAGCUGCAGUGUUCCGCGAACGGCACCUGGAUGGGCUUCGUCCCCGACUGCGUCCUGCGCACGUGUUCCUGGCCGGACCGCGUGGCAGACGCGAGACUCUUCCUUAGGAAACAAGAUGACGGCAUGGUCGAAAUUCCGGAAGCAGACGCAACCUUAGGGUCCAAUCGAGGAAGAACAAGAAGGAACAAGGAGAGCGAUGAGAUCUCCCCGGAAACGUUUGUUUCCGGCACAGAAAUCAUCGUCGUCUGCGACCCGGAAUACGAACUAGUCGGGGACCGCGUUAGAACGUGCACCGAGGAAGAGAGAUGGUCCUCGACCAUCGCCUCUUGUAAGCCGCGUAAUUGUUCCGUCGAGAAUCAUCCAGUUUUUAAAUUUUUCAAAAGAACGCAAAACGAAACCAUCUUGAGGAAUACAGAUGUGCUUGAAUCAGAUGAGAAAUUGUAUGGCAUCGAAAACGUUACGCGUGCAUACAAAGACUUGGAGAUCUUCGUCGAGGGAAACAGUUACGGGCGACGAAUAAUCUUAACGUGUCGAAAUGGCGCGUGGAUGAACAAGUUGAUCGCCAACGAGACGGUCUCAAAUAUAACAUGGACGUGCAACAAGAUGGCAAAAUGGGAAGUGUCGAAUUCGUCGCUGAAAGAGCCUAUGCUCGAACGGCUGCUGAACGAUUCGACAGAUAUCUGCGAUAGAACGUGUGUACUUCCACAAGUACCAGAGUACGGGUACAUUGAUCACGGCAACAAUACUGACGACGUUAACGAUCGCAGGGCGAUCGACAGUGUCAUCGUGUACAAAUGUCGUCACGGAUACGUUCUCGAAGGUGACGAACGAUCUGUUUGUUUGUCGGAUGCCAAGUGGUCCGCUUUGCCUUCCUGCAAACCUGUGGUGUGCGGAAAACCGCCGGUUCUCGCUAAUGCGAUACUCAAAAGUGAUGCUGGCGGAACGCAAAAUUACACCUUUGGUAAUAUGAUCUCUUAUCAAUGCGUUCCGGGCUACCGCGUAUUCGGGCAGGCGAAUCUAAGAUGCUUAGGAAGCGGAAAGUGGUCCAGAUUAAAUGGCAGAUGUUCGAAAAUAUCGUGCGGUAAACCACAGAUCAAGAACGGAAUCGCGCUCUAUGGCCAUUCGUACUUGUUUCAAGAUCAAUUGACAUACGUGUGUCCUGACGGUAAGAAGCGAGGAAUGAUUACGUGUCGAGCUGACGGGACGUGGAGCGAUUUGCCGAGAUGUGAUAGAAGCGGGAAUAUGUAAUUCAGGAUUUAGCACAACGCUUCGUGAAGAGAAUAGUACACUCGGAUAUGCGACAAUACCUUAUCUACGAUGAUUUAUGCGUGAUUUAUCGCGAACUUUAAUUUUAGGAUAUUGUACUUCGAGUACUUUUAUAAUUUCUUUUUUUCUCUGUUUCUUUUUACUGGAAAAAUUGGUGUAUAUCGAUAUAAAUAAUUCUUAUCUCAAAAAUUGGCAUUGUUAAGCCCGCAUGUUCAAGUACUUCAAGUAAGACAGUUCAUUGAUACUGACCGUGAGAGAUACUCCGUAAGUUUAAUUGUACAUUUUGUUUUGUGCAUAACGGAUAAUGUAAAAGAAAUCAAACUUCAUAAUAGCAUACAACGGUGUUGUGGAUAAAGUACCUCUUACACAUAUCGCUCGACACCGUACAAUGCUUUUUGGUACGAAGUAUCGUUCAGACAUACCGCACAAACGUAUUUGCGUAUUACUACACUACCUGAGGAAGAGCAAUGAAGACAAAUACCGUGUGAAAAUAAAAUUUCUCGCAUAUAAA